CCUGGGUAUAGGGUAAGUUCAGUUACCCCUGAACUACUAUGAUGACUUUAUUUUGUUGUAAAUAAAUGUCUAACCCCUUCUUCACCCAUGUGCUUCGAACCUUCACAGACUCCACGAAUUGAUGACCAUCUCCUGAAGAUUUGGUCACAUGAUCAAUUUCUUUGACCAUUUUCAAGAAACGGGGUGGCUCAACUUACCCCACACAGGAAUAUCCGGGAUAAAUUGUUCUUAACUGGUAUAAAGGAUGGAUUGAGAUGGAUUAUGAGGUUGUGAAGUGGUCUGACUGGUGUGCAGCGUGUGUUUGUGUUUAACCUCCUCCCUCAGUGUUUGUCUUCAGUCUCGAUGAUUAUGAGCUGCUGAUUAAUCGACUGUUUAUUCUGUAAGACAAAUAUGUGAUUAUGAAAACAAGAAAGGUCAACCUGUUCACACACCUGUCUCAGGAAAGAGAAUGAUCCAGUGCUGCUCCUUUACCUACCUGAGCAGGUAACGCAGCAGAGACUCGUCCUCUUCUUCCCUUCGUGCAAAGAUCUAACUUCUUUGUGACGGUUUUCAUCGAUCCGGAUCUAUUUCUACGACUUAAAGGCGGAUUUCUAACAUGUUGGAGCUUCAAGAGAGACUUUAAACGCACCGCAGUAUCCAUGCUGUGUUUACUGACCAGAGGAAAACACCUGCAGCAGGUGUGCUGCUGCCCGAGCCAACAGGAUGUCCUUCUCCUUCUGCUGCGGGACUCCCAGUGAGGAGGGUAAAACAACACAACAAAACACACAACAGACACACACGUCAGGACUGAACACACUUCGGUUACAUGCGGGACAUAACAUCGAGGACUUAGACACACAAACAACAUUUCACAGACUCGAUUCUCUCUACGAAGAUUAAAAAUCACCCGAGACACCCAACACAGUGAAAUAAAACACUAUAAAACACACUUUAAAAUCACUUAAAACACUUUUCAUGAACUGAUUUUUAAAACUAUUUAACAAACACAUGACUCAAACAUGUUUCUACAGAUUUUGUAAAUAUUUCUUUUAUACUUUUUUAUAUUUUUGUAUCUUUAGUCUAUCGUAUUCUUCUCAGUACUUAUUGUGUGUUAUUUGGGUCAAGCGGUCCUUCUCAUCUACGGCAUGUUUGACUCGAUUAACCUGCAUAUGACAAAUAAAACGAUCUUAAUCGCUUAAAACAGUUUGAACACACAGAAAACACUUUAUCAAAAACCUUUUAGACGUAUUUUCAAAGCAUUUAAAACAUGAUUGACACAAACUCUUCAAAUGUUUGUCAAUGUUUUUUAUUGAAUUGUUAUUGAUACAAAUAUAUGAUGAGAAUAAUAAGAGUCAUAUUUCACAUCUGUUAAGUUUAAAGUUGUGUGUCUCUGCAGGGUUCGGGAGGACGGAGCGUCGUCUGAGAGGAGAGGAAGAAGAGAGCAGGAGGAGGAAGAGGAACAUCUCCGAGCUGAGAGAGGAGUACAGGAGCAGCAGAGAGAGGCAGAGGAGGAACCCUCAGGUGGUGACCUUCAGGACAGGUGAGCUCACCUGGAGAAACAACAGUUUACUUCAAACGUCCAAAAUAAAGUUCUGAUGAAGGUCUUCUGUCAGGGUCCUUAAAGAGAUGUUCUCAGAACAGCACCUAACUUCAUCAACAGGACAUAGAGGGUCACAGACAUAGUACUAGACACCAAACAUCUUUUUAACUUUGACUCAUUUCUUUAGCAAAGAGACUAAACACAACUCACCUACUCUCUUCCAGCAGACGCUUGUUCGUAGAGAGACCUCAGGCCAGUCCAUUAUGGACUACAGCGGGGUGCCGCAGCUCAAGGAAGAACAUUUAUGAUCAUUUCUUCAUGUAAAUACAAUCAGACCGAGACGCUAAGACAGAAGAACUACCGCGUCUGUAAAAUGAUUAAUAUGGUGAUUAUUACUUCAAGGAAAUGAUAAAGAAAUGAUUAUAAAUGUUCUUCCUUGAGCUGCGGCACCCCGCUGUAGUCCGUAAUGGACAACAAGCGGCCUGGAUCAGUUCUAACCUCUCUCUGUCUUCAGUCUCCUCAGAGCCGUCAGCCACCGUCAACAUCGUCCCUGUCACUCAAACGUUGACCUCAGAUUGGGGGUCAUACACCCACCCACUCCCAGCUGAGACCUUCGACCAGGACCCAACCACCUGUGACCCCUGGCUCGCUCCACUGGGCCUCCACCUGCACUCCUGUUCCAGGUUAGACCCCGUGCAGCAUCAGUUCCUCCUGCAUGACUUGUGUUUUCAUGUUUCCUAGAGGUCUCUGUAGUCCUCAUCAGGACUAUCCUCCAUGUUUUUUUUAUCUCCAGGCGUUCUUUGUCUUCCUCUAAGGCCACCAGCUCUUUGCACCUCAUGGAUUUAUCACCAGAUCCAACCAUUAGCUUCUCAGACUCGUCCACGUUCAGCAGCUCCUCCAGUGAUGAGGACCAUGUCGACAGCAGCAGGUCCAGAAGAGACCCAGUCCGGACAGAUCCAGUCAUAAAGGCUCCUGGAUCUGCCAGGAACCAUCCUCACUACUCCUGUACUGACUCUGAUGAGACCUUCAUCACCUGUUCCCCCAUCGGCUCCACAUCCAGUCUACAUGCGGACCUGAAGGAGAUCCGGUCUGCAGGUAGAAACACCUCGAACAGCAGCUCAGCGUGGAAGGGCUCCUGGAAGUUCUCAGUCCCGGCCCUGAGGUUGACCCGGCAGCUGAGUGUCAGAGAGGUGGGCUACUCUUCACCGAGGGUCCACCAGAACCAGAACUACACCCCGUUCCCUUACAGAAGAACCAGGAGGAUCCCAGAGGCAGUGAGGAGGCUCGGGAUGUACUCGUCCUUCUGAGAAACUCUGGAAGUUGAUUUAGUUCCUUUUAGUACGAACUUCAGUCUGCAGAUAUGACUCAUGUUCAAACACGUUCAGACACUGA